UGCCGUCAGAUCUGUCGGAUUAUUCCGAUUGUAACCCCGCAACCCGAAUCGAUAUCAUUAAGCUUUGAUUGAAUUAAAAAUUAAGACUGCAUCGUACAUUUUUGACGAGAAUGUAUUAACUUUAAGGUGCUAUCCCAACAGUUGCUAGUGAACUACAUUGUUUGUUAUACAAAGGCCGAUCUUCACCGAACGACUGGUGCAGUUUCAAAUACCACCAUGCGGCUUUUGCUUCCACUAGCGAUAGCGCUGGUGCUGUGUGUAUUAACCCAGCACGCAAAUGGCCAAGACCUGGAGGAUAAUGAUUUUGCGGAAUUCGAAGACUUUGAUGAUGAUGAAUUUGUAAUGGGAGAAGCACACCAAGCGGACCAACAACAACAGGCUCAACAACAACAACAACAAGGAGCCGGAGAGGGGCGUCAAGGCAAUGGGCCGGGCAAGGGUCAAUCGAAGAGUGUGCCAGCUUCGCAGGAUAGUGAAGACUUCAUGGAAAUGGACGACGAUCAGACUGACGAUGACGGAAUUGUGGAGGACGAGGACAGCGAGUUCGAACAUUUCCAGGACGAGGAAGAGUUUGAGGGAUUUGCCAGUACGAUCGGCGAUCAGGAUGAGUUGCGACAAGGUGAACCGGUUGGAAAGCAUGCCGAACCGAAGCUAACCAUCCCGAAGGUGCCGAUACAUUUCCGCACACACUGGGACUCGUACUGGAUGGAGAUGCUUAUGCUGGCCGGACUGAUGGCUUAUUUUGCGAACUACUUGGUGGGUAAUAAGAAAAACUCAGCCAUUGCCAACCAAUGGCUAUCGAUUCAUCGCAGCCUGCUAGAGGACAAUUUUGCGCUAGUCGGUGACGAUGGCAAAAAGGAAACGGAAGGAUCGACCUUUACCUUUAACAAAGAAAGCGAAAGUGUCUACACCCUUUGGUGCAGUGGACGGACCUGCUGCGAAGGUAUGCUUGUGGAGCUGAAGAUGAUCAAACGACAGGAUCUGGUGUCGCUGAUUGCUGGCAUCAUGAAGCCGGUACAGGAUCAGCUGCAUAUCAAGGUGGAACUGACGGCAGAUUCGAUGGAUAACUUUGUGUUCUGUGUGGCCAGUCGAAAACAAGCUACUAAAAUGUUCAAAGAGCUCAACGACUUGAACAAAUUUUGUUGUCUAGUCAGCAAGGCCGAGGAUAAGUACAAUAUUCCCGGGUUUGCGUUGUUAUCGGAGAUUGCCGAGGUGUCGGCCAGCAUAUUAGAUAGUAGAGUAGUGGCAGCUUUAAAUAAGUACUCGCACCUGAUCGAUUACAUUCACAUGUCGGAUCAGUACAGUGGUCCGAUACAGCAGGAAGACCCAAACCAGCUGAAGCGUCCGGAAGUUCGUCGUAUUCUGCAUUGCGGAUUUAAUGUUCCGGUUAAAGGCGAUUUAGAAGAAAUGAAGCCAUUGCUAAUACUCGUGUUUUACCUGAUGGAUCGCGUGCGUCGCUUCAAACUUUCGAAGGAGGCCAAAGCAAAGUCGGAUAAGAAUCGUGCUGCCGUGGAGGAAGAGUUCAUGAAGAGCACUCAUCAGGCUCGUGCCGAAGCAGCUGCACUACGUCGUGAAGAAAAACGUAAGGCUGAAAAGGAGAAAAUCCUCGCCGAAGAAGACCCGGAGAAGCAACGGCGCUGGGAAAAGAAGGAACAAAAACGGCAACUCAAGAAGCAAGCUCCAAAGAUGAAGCAGCUUUCCAUAAAGGCUCUUUAAAUGGGUGGCACGGGUCCGAUGAAGUGGUUCAGCGGAGCAUUAGAUGUUUUUUCUGUUAUUGUUUAUUAAAUUCAUUCAUACAGCCAAAAGGCUACAAUACUUCUUAAAAAGGUAAAAUUUAAACAAUUUCCACAUCCAGACUAGAGAUGUGCACGCUGAGUAAGAGUGCAAAUCUGCUCGCACUUAGAAAUAUGCUCGUACUGUUUAAAUAAAAUCCUCAGCAGAAACGUGAACAAAGCAACCCUUUUUUCGCAAUGCUUCACACCAGUGCGAUACUGGUCAGUGACACCAUUUUUUUUGGCUCUUCACUAUUCUUAUAUUCGUUCUAUGGCAAGUGGGUGCAACUCUUGUGUGUAUGUAUGUGCACUCAGUGAAGUGGCUCCACGUGCAGCGGAUUCUACAACCCACGCAAGAGGACAUGUCACUUGCCAUGGACAUACACA